UGUGAAUCGUGGCUCCGUUGCAAAGGCUAAGUAAGCUCACCUGAUCGGAGUAAACACAGGUGGUUGCACACCAGCAGAGCGGGCCGGAGAAGAAUUACCAACAUACAUAACAGUACUAACGCAUAAUGAUCAAGGCCAUCCUUGUUUUCAAUAACCAUGGAAAACCACGACUCUCCAAAUUCUACCAGUACUUCAAUGAGGAGAUGCAGCAGCAGAUUAUAAAGGAGACAUUUCAGCUAGUAUCCAAGAGAGACGACAAUGUUUGUAACUUCCUGGAGGGUGGGAGCCUCAUUGGGGGAGCAGACUACAAGCUCAUCUACCGCCACUAUGCCACUUUGUACUUUGUCUUCUGCGUGGAUUCUUCCGAGAGUGAACUUGGCAUCCUCGACUUGAUCCAGGUUUUCGUGGAGACCCUCGACAAGUGUUUUGAGAAUGUGUGUGAGCUCGACCUCAUAUUCCAUGUUGACAAGGUUCACUACAUCCUGAAUGAGCUGGUGAUGGGCGGAAUGGUCCUUGAAACAAACAUGACUGAGAUCAUCACAAGAAUAGAUGACCAAAACAAGCUGGAGAAGCAGGAGGCUGGCUUGGCUGCAGCUCCCGCCCGCGCAGUUUCAGCCGUCAAAAACAUGAACCUCCCACAACAAAUCAAAGACAUCAAGCUGCCUGACCUGCCUGCUGCAAUCAAGGAUCUCAAAUUCUGACAUCUUCUCCUUUUUAUCCCCUCUGUUUCAUGAUAAGUUCUUAGUUUACCAUCAUGUGUUCUGUGUAAAAUUUUAAAAGGAAGCAAUGAGAGCCUCCCUCCCCAUCAGUUUGAAAUGUCCUUAUAAUCUCAUUCUCAUCCUCAUUUUCAUUUGUAUCAUCCCUUUCAUUAGGCACACUAAUCAUUGUUAGUGUUUGGAAGGUUCAGACAAAGUGGAGAACAGUUGUCAGAGAAGAGAAAAAUUUAUCUAUGAAGUGGGUGACACAACAAUGACUCCUGAGGUACUGUAGCCACAACCCUUAACUAUUGCAGACAUUCACUUUUAGAAAUUUAGUCACUGAUCUGAAGGAAAUGAAAACUUCUGAAAGAAGCCCAUAUUGCACCCAUUCAUCUCCCCCUCUGACUUUUAAUGAUUUUAUUGCCUUAUAAUGGUCUUGGUAUUCGUAAGUGAUGUAUUUUGAAACUGUCAGAUGUUUUAGUAUACUAUACAAUUGUCCUCUUGAGAAACCUCUCUUUCAUCUUGUAGUAUUUUCUUCACAUUGAUGAAGUAUAACAGUUCAUCAUUGCUGCAAUGCAAUGGGGACUACUUCUUGGGUCCAAGGCAUAAAAAAGAUUGACACAAAGCAACAUAUGGCAUACUAACCAGAGCCUUUGCAAAUAUAUAAUGAGUUGUUUAUGAAAGCUUUGGUUUUAUUUUAAUAUACUUUGAAUAAGUUGUGCAACUCCAGCUAGACUUCAUGAACAGGAGGAUUGAAACUGGUCGUAGUACAGAAUGUUCAAGAUCAGGGUUUAGGAUGAGAAGUAACUAGCACUGGUGGGACAGCAAAGGGUAUGUAAGAAAUGUAAUGCUACUUUUUGUUUAUAAGUGUAAGGGUAAACAAAGUAAUUAAG